ACCUCAUGUUUGACUGGUUGCGGACGAUGUUCUCGGAAAUUCUGAUCGAAACGUAGUGAAAGAUUUCAAGAAUUGUUCGAAUUGUUAUCUUAAACGCGUUCUUUGGUGCAGACUUGAUUUUUGAGUGCAACAACUAUGUGUAUAUUUCGAUGAGUAAUCGAUUUCGAUGCGAUAAAAAUCUAAAUAAUAUCAUAGUAAUGACGAUAUUAUUUCACGCGAUCAUAUGAAUUUUUAGUUUGCGAAGACGAACCAUUUUUCGAACUAUGCGACAUGGACACUGUGGAUGAUCUGAUCAAUUACUCAGUAGAAAUGAACGAUUCGAUACCUGCAUUUUCAAGUACUUUUCCGUACGCUGAACAAGCUGCGUACAAUUCGCUGACAACAAAGACCUAUGAAAAGCGCAGCGGCCCCAACAAAGAUAUUAAUGUGAUAACAGCGACGCAAAUUAUCGUUUUACUGCUGUUUGCAUGUGGUAUUAUUUUUGCCCUACUAAUGUAUUGCAAAACGUGCAGCAGUAUUUGCAGGUCGGCUCAAGUGAGAUACAUGGAACAAAGUCGAUGCAGUAAUGGGAAUAAUCAAACAGACAGCGAUUCUUUGUAUUGCUGCACAAUAAACGAUUCCAGGGAGAGACCACCGUCAUAUACCGAGUCUUGCAAUGCCCCACCCCUCUAUGGGUCACCCUAUAACAGAGCGUCUAUGCUCGAACCACCACCAGUCUACCCGGACACUCCUAAAUUAUCAGAUAGGGGGCAAAGCCAAGGCUUCACAAUUACUUAUCACAUGUAAUUAUGUGUAAUGUGUACGCUGGUGUUGACGAACUGUUGUGUAAUGUAAGAUGAAAAGCAACGAUGCGCUAUCAAACUCGCACAAUAUCAUUUCACUUCAUUUUCUCUUGAUUAGACCACGUGAAUAGUUUUAUCAUACGUCAGCUGUGAUUUAAUCUUAGAAAAGUUUAGAAAUUCUAGAGAUGAUUUUUUUCAGUAGUAUUAAGUUUCUGAAUUAGUGUGCAUUUAUUAAACGAGGAUUUCUACCAUGCAACAUUUGAAAUUUGCCGCGGUUUCUUCAAGGGUCCGUACAGCGUCAAUACACGUAGCGGUAGAACGCCUAAACUGGUAAACAAAUUGCUAACUGUACGUAAUUUUUCGAUACAUCAGAUGGCGUCACUGUGUAGUUCCAAAAAUGUAUUUACUCUGUUGGUACGUUUGUCGACCAGUUUGAUCGUUUUGCCACUGCAUGUGUAACGCUAUUUUGAUGUUUUGAUAUUUUCAGGAGCAAAUUUUACCGCAAUUUUUGCGGAGCUUUAUGGACAAGUCGACAAGAAUCAUCUGUAGUUUCACUUUGAACAGAAUAAAUAAACUUUUCCUGUAUGGUAUGGAUGCACAAAAUUCUGCUGAACAUUCCUCUGGCCUCGAAAACAUUUUUCGGACUUUUAUAAAUUACCAGAUUUUAUCUCGUUUUCAGUGUAUAAAUUUUGCUAACCAAAAUGGUUCAAUAUGGACAGAUAUAGAGGCAUCCAAAAAAUAAUAAUUAGUCAUAAUCGCGGCAAUCUAAGGCGUAGGAUCAACGUACUGGUUCGUUAUUAACAAUUUGAAAUGUAGAAUGUUAAGUUUCAUUGUUUAUUUAACGAGUUAUUUAAUUUCUGAAAAAUGUCCGUCAACAGGUAUCGAAACAUCAUCACGUAGCGCUAGUGCAUGAACUAAAUCUCUCCAAUAUGCACAACGCAGGGUCAUUGAAAAACACUAAUUAUGGGGCACUAUUAAGGUAUAAGUAAUUAACCGAGUGCUCACGAUUCUUCGCGAGAAUUUGUUGCACCGGUAUUAUGUAGAAAAAGCUGACGACAACAUCGCAAAACAUAAUUAAAUAACAUAAUAAUUAAAAAAGCUUCAAUGAACAAUUAGUUAUGUAUAGUAGUAUUGUUUUCUGGAUUUUCUAUACGAUAUCGUUGCAGUAGAUUCUCCCGCGCGAACAAUCCCGUACUUUUGACAUAUCUUUUUAUGUCCUAAUUUUGGCAUAAUUAAUGUUUUAUUGUGACUGUAUUGUACGUAUGUAUAACAGAAAUUUAGUUCAGCCGUCUGCCGCUAUGUGGUGAUAGUGUAUUACGGUCUAUGAACGGGCUAUAUUUUAAAAAAUUUUUAGUGAUCUACGGUAUGAAAUCGACAAGCAACAUUACCACGAAUGUAUUAAAAUGCAGUUAUCGUUUUAGUCGAAAUGUAAAUAAAGCGUGCACAAGAUCCCAGAUGAUUUGUACAGGUAUUUCUAAUAGCGCUAGAAAUUUAAGUUUGAUAACUGUGAAUGAAAGUUCUAUGUUGAUA